GAAGCCGCGGCGGGGCCGGAAGGAGUGCAGCGGCGGCCUCGGAGGCGGCGGCGACGAAGCUGUCGGCGGCCGCUCCCGGUGACUAAAAGCCGUGGCGACAGAGGCCGCCGAGCCCGCUUGGCGAGCCGGCGAGCUGAGUGGCGAACCCUUUUGAAUAGUCACCAUGUUCAGAUAUUAGCAAGCACGUAUGUAUAUGUCUGCGUUUGAAAAUGGCAGAGGGAAACAACAAUGAAGAGGUAAUUCACUUGAACAACUUUCACUGCCACCGGGGACAAGACUGGAUCAAUCUCAGAGAUGGACCCAUCACCAUAUCUGACUCCUCUGAUGAGGAAGGGGUUCCCAUGCUGGUCACCCCAGCUCCUCAGCAACACGACGAAGAGGACCUGGAUGAUGAUGUCAUCCUGACGGAAACACAUAAACCUCAGACAUCACGACCCAAUCUCAUCAAACCAGCUGCCCAGUGGCAAGAUCUCAAAAGAUUGGGAGAAGAAAGGCCUAAAAAGUCUAGAGCAGCCUUUGAAUCAGAUAAGAACGGCUAUUUUUCAGUGUGUAACAGCUCAUUGUUUGAUUCUGGGGCACAGGAUGAUUCUGAAGAUGACUACGGUGAAUUUCUGGAUCUUGGGCCUCCUGGAGUUUCUGAAUUCAUUAAGCCAAGUGGCCAAACAGAAAGAGAACCCAAACCUGGACCAAGUCAUAACCAAGUAGCAAAUGACAUUGUCAACCCCAGAUCAGAGCAGAAAAUCGUUAUCUUGGAAGAACGUGGCCUUCUUUUACCAGAAGGCGAUCCUUUGGACUCUCAGAACCAGUCAUCUGACUCAGAAACAGAGCUUUUAUCAAACUUUGGAGAAUCACCUGGUAUCCUGGAUGAUCAGGUCAUCGAAGAAGGCUGCUGGUUAGACCAUCGUUACUUCCAGUCCCUAAACCAGCAGCCCCGGGAGAUAACAAACCAGGUGGUUCCUCAGGAGCGGCAGCCCGAAGCAGAACCAGGCCCAUUGUUGUAUCAGCGUGAGCCCCCAGGGCUGGCUUUUCCAAGGCCGGCUUUUCCAAGACCAGAACCCCAGCAGGAUGGGAUUCCGGGCCCCUCCUCUCCGCAGCCUGGCCAUCCUCUAGGAGAGCUUGAAGACCAGCAGUUAGCAAUAGAUGAUGAGGAGCCCGGGCCAGCCUUUCCACUACAAGGAUCUCAGGAGCCCAAUUUGGAAAACCUUUGGGGGCAUGAAGCUACUGAGGUAGAUCAAGAACUCGUUGCACUUUUAGUGAAAGAAACAGAAGCGAGAUUUCCAGAUGUUGCAAAUGGGUAUGUUGAGGAGAUAAUUCAUUUGAAGAAUUAUUAUGAUUUGAAUGUACUUUGUAAUUUUCUUCUGGAAAAUCCAGAGUAUCCAAAGAGGGAAGACAGAGUCAUUAUCAACCCCAGUAGCAGCCUGCUUGCCAGCCAAGAUGAGACCAAGUUGCCUAAACUAGACUUUUUUGACUAUUCUAAAUUGGCUCCUCUUGACCAGCGCUGCUUCAUCCAAGCUGCUGACCUCCUGAUGGCCGACUUCAAAAUGCUCAGCAGUCAGGACAUCAAGUGGGCCCUGCAUGAGCUCAAAGGACACUAUGCAAUCACCCGAAAGGCCUUUUCUGAUGCCAUUAAAAAAUGGCAGGAGCUAUCACCAGAAACCAGUGGAAAAAGAAAAAAGAGAAAAGAAAUGAAUCAGUAUUCUUACAUAGAUUUCAAGUUUGAACAAGGUGACAUAAAAAUAGAAAAGAGGAUGUUCUUUCUGGAAAAUAAGCGGCGACAUUGUAGGUCCUAUGACCGGCGUGCCCUUCUUCCAGCUGUGCAGCAAGAGCAGGAGUUCUAUGAGCAGAAAAUCAAGGAAAUGGCAGAGCAUGAAGACUUUCUGCUCGCCCUGCAGAUGAAUGAAGAACAGUAUCAAAAGGACGGCCAGCUGAUCGAGUGCCGCUGCUGCUACGGGGAGUUUCCGUUUGAGGAGCUGACGCAGUGUGCGGACGCGCACUUGUUCUGCAAAGAGUGUCUCAUCAGAUACGCCCAAGAGGCCGUCUUCGGAUCUGGGAAGUCAGAGCUCAGCUGCAUGGAGGGCAGUUGCACGUGUUCAUUCCCAGCCAGCGAACUGGAGAAGGUGCUUCCCCAGACCGUCCUGUAUAAGUACUACGAGCGGAAAGCGGAAGAAGAAGUGGCCGCUGCUUACGCCGAUGAGCUUGUCAGGUGCCCCUCCUGUAGCUUUCCAGCCCUGUUGGACAGCGACGUGAAGAGGUUCAGCUGUCCCAAUCCUCGCUGCCGAAAGGAAACCUGUAGGAAGUGUCAGGGACUCUGGAAGGAGCACAAUGGCCUCACCUGUGAAGAGCUGGCAGAGAAAGAUGACAUCAAGUACCGAACGUCUAUUGAGGAAAAAAUGACGGCAGCCCGCAUCAGGAAAUGCCACAAGUGUGGGACCGGCCUCAUCAAAUCCGAAGGCUGCAACCGCAUGUCUUGCCGCUGUGGCGCCCAAAUGUGCUACCUCUGUCGAGUGUCCAUCAACGGCUAUGACCAUUUCUGCCAGCAUCCUCGCUCACCGGGAGCUCCUUGCCAGGAGUGUUCAAGAUGCUCUCUCUGGACCGACCCCACCGAAGACGAUGAGAAGCUAAUUGAGGAGAUCCAGAAGGAGGCUGAAGAAGAGCAGAAGAGAAAGAACGGAGAGAACACCUUCAAACGCAUCGGGCCCCCCUUGGAGAAGCCUCCAGAGAAAGUCCAGCGGAUCGAAGCCCUGCCGAGGCCCGUCCCGCAGAAUCUGCACCAGCCACAGAUCCCACCCUACGCCUUCGUGCACCCACCCUUCCCUCUGCCGCCUGUCCGGCCCGUGUUCAACAACUUCCCCCUCAACAUGGGCCCCGUCCCGGCACCCUACGUGCCCCCCCUGCCCAACGUGCGCGUCAACUAUGACUUCGCGCCCGUCCACGUGCCGCUGGAGCACAACCUGCCCAUGCACUUCGGCCCCCAGCCACGGCGCCGCUUCUGACCGCCCGCAGCCUUGUCUCGUCCGGGGAGCCCGCCGCACUCCCGGGGCCGUGCCUGUCAAAUAGGCAUGAUGGACCGGGCUCUCGAAAAGAUGGGCCGGGUUUUUUCCUGCUCCUUCCUGGGAAGGGCCACUGCCCCCAGGCACCUGUAACAGGACCAGCCUGGCACUUACGGGGCCAAAGAGAAGGGGGCAGUGAAACCUCCCCAGAGUGUCCCACCGUGCCAGUGGCCAGUGCAGGGACCCUCCCCACCGGGCAGCCCAUCUCUGCGGUUAGUCCAGGCCCUGCUGGGGCCAGGGUGGUGUCUGCCUCCACCCCUCCCCCGGCCGACUACAGAGUGUCUCCCCUAACCACGUAGGCCUUCCUGACCACAGUGCAGCCUGAAGCGUCGUAAAACUGACGCAGCAACUCCUACAGUUUGGAGAGAGCCGGGCCACCUGAACCAUGUCCCGGAAGCCAGGCUCUCUUCUCCCUCCCCACCGUCACCCCCCACCCCAAUACCACAGCCCACCCAGAGAGAGGUACGCCCUGCUGCUCCAAGCCACUUGGUCCCAUCAAGUGGGGGCAGAGCCACCAGAGUCCCCGGGCCUGGGAGCACCGCUCAGGGUGGGGAGGCUGUGGGCCGUGUCCCCCCAAAUCCAGAACCCCAGGCCACCACCACCGUGACUGUUCAGGGGUCUUUGUCCUUGGACCACUCAGUUGAGACCACAGAGAGCUGUCUCGUGCUGUCUGUUCUGUUUUGUAGUUUAAAAUAUUUGCCAUUUACUCGCUUUGAACUUACUGGGUUUUCUGUGGCCUACUAGAGUUUCUCUCGCUCAGUCUCUGGAGAGUCCAGUCUGUCACCCACACCAGGCGGCCGGUGAGGGCGGGACGGUCCUGACGCUCGCCAGACAGAACAUCUUUAUGAAGCAACCCUGACAGGUUUGGUGGCCCUCCCGGGCAGUCCAGCUGUCGGGAAGCCUCCUUCGCCACCAGCCCGGCAGUGAGCACCUUCUCCCUGAGAUCUGGUGGCGGCAGUGGGUUUCAGCAGGGGGACAGACGACCCAGGCUACACCGGCACCCAUCCUCGGAGCUGCCUCCGCCUGAGGCCAGUGGAGUCCAGCGUGGGGGCCCUGCCUGUUCACCGCUGGGCGCCACUUCCCACCCCGCCCGCAUGCAGAGACAGGCCUCUGUGGGGGGGCGGCCCUGCCUGGCUCCCCAGUGUUGGUCUCUGUCGCCGUCACUAUAUGUGUGAUGGCUUUGGGGUUCCCAGCGUGUGUGCACAGACCUCAGACAGCAGGGUGAACCUAAUGGCCGGUCCCCCAUCUCCGUGCAGGCCGUGCCCCAGGGUCAUCCACCGCCAUCACUGUCUCCUGUAUUUCAAGGGUUAAAUUGGGGAGAAAUCUGCUAAGUUGCCCAUUCUUCCUCCUGCGCUUCCUCCAGGUGAGGGCUUCGCAGACCGUCAUCGGGGCGCACGAGGAGAGGUCUGCGCCACCGGGAGCCCCUGUCAGGCUGCCUCUGCCUUGCUGGUAGCCUGAACGACCGUGCCUUGGGAGAGCUGCGCCAAGGGUGACAGGUGACAGGAUUGAAGUACCUUAAAAACAUGUUCUCUGUGCAUCCCCAAGGGAGGGUCUCAGAGCAGUGAGCUUCUAGCAGACAUCCCACCAAAUGGGGAGGGUGACCCCAGGACAUACCAGAAUGUCCUAGGCCCCCUGAGCCAAUUCAUCCAAGGAGGGAAUGAGCCAGCCCCCCUGUGCCCUCUAGCCCAGGGAAGGGGGCUCCGGGUGGGUGGCCUGCCCCUGACACCGCCAUCCAGCAAGUCCACCAGAACCUGGCAUGGGAGGUGCUGGCACAGAGGGGGAAAGACCAGAAUAACUGGUUCCUCCCAAGGCCAAGCACGAUGUUCCUUUGAGAUGAAUUCUUGGCUGUUUGUCACCAUAUGCAGCUGUUAGGGAUCCAUUCCUGCUGUUCUGAACUGAGGGUGCCUGGUUUCUAACGUUCCUCCUCGAGCUGGACUGUGGAGUGGCUCCCCUGUCUGCAGGAGCCCGAUUGCUGUUUGGGGGAAGGUCAUUGCCACAAGUUCUGACACUGGCGUGAGUCCCCACCUGUCCGCGAAGUGUCCCUCUAGGUGCCUGUGUCCCAGAGGACCCCAGGUUUCUUGAGAAGCAGUCUGCACUAGUGAUGGUUUGGGGGAAAGCAGGCCCUUCUGACGGGCCGGCAAGUGGCUGCAAGGUGUGAUGACAGGAAACCCCCAGAGAUCAGCCGGUCUCGGGGACAAGCAGGAAUCCCAGAGGCAGCCUGACACCUUCCCCUCUCUGGGCCACAGUGUUUGCUCCCCCAGACGAGAGACUGCCCGGCGACAGUCCCGUUCUACUUGCCUUAAACUGGAGAGAGGAAUCUAGUAUUUGCACUUAGCAAAAGAUUUUAAAACUUUAAAAAAAAAAUGUGCAUGACCUGUCACUUUGUAUAAAAAUAGCAAAAAUGAUUAGUUUAUUAAAUUCUUUUCUUUACCUUCCGGUAGUAAAAACACAUAAAAAAAAUUCUGUUUAAACUACUGUGUGUAAAAAGCUUGUACCAUAUGUAACUUUGACUUUUUGUAAAUAAAUGUUUGUGCAUUA